AGCGGAGAAGCUCCAGCCCAGAGAUCCCGGAGGCUUGGGCGCCACCUUUUACAGACCCCCGUCCGGCUUCCCCUCCCCCACCCUCCCUCCUUCAGCACCUGCUCCGGGCGCUUCUUGCUCGCGUGCCUCCCCCGCUCCCAGCCACCGCCCGAGCCCAGUCUGGGCUCUCUAAGGGCCAUCCCCUAUAACCCUAACCCCCCACCCCCAAUUCCCGAGUCCUUCGUACCCUGAAUCUCAUCUAGGUUUUUCCUUACUUUCCUUCAUCUGCACCUCAAGACCCUCCUCUCCCAGUCCACUCCCUAGCAUCCCACCCAGUCCGUAAGCCUCCGCUCGCUUCCUGCGCCCCCGCCUUCCGAGAUUGUACCCCUCAACUCCUCCAAGCCUCUUCCUCUGUCAUCCAGGGCCCUGCGGCCCAGACCCCUCUGGGUCUUCCUCAUCUCUCCCUGGGUCCAGGACUGAGUUGCCUGAAUUCUCUACCCCACCGCGGAUCCCCAGCCCUAGCCCCUGCCCUCCAAUAUCUCCCAUUCUCUUCCCCUCCUCGCUCCUUCCUCCGAGCACCCCCCCACCUAGGCCCCGCCCUAUCUCCUCCCUCCCUCCCCUUCUUGGAACAGAGUCCGGGCUGCCGGGGUGGGAGGGGAGGGGAGGCGCGUGUCCGAUGACCCGUCCCGUCGCUGCCUCUACUAGGGAGCAUCCAGGGCAGCCACGUCUGCCUCGGCGGCAGGGACUCCGAAACCACCACUGAAGCUCGGUUGCUAGCGAGGAGCGUCCGUCCUAACAUCUGUCCGUUUGUCUGUGCCGCAGCUGCAGGAUGCUGGCCAGCCUGUAUGAGUGGUUUUGGAAGGAUGAGUACUGGUUCCCUCCUGGAUACUCAUGGGCUGACACAGAGGAUUCAGAUGGAAUCACCUACCCUCACCCCAAGGACCUGCUGGCAUCAAUUCCCAUAGCGUUGGUCUUGGUGGUCAUCAGAUUUAGCUUUGAAAGGGCCAUCGCAAUGCCCUUGAGCAGGGCCUUGGGUGUACGUGACCGACUCAGGGUCAAGGCUGCCCCCAACCCCAUCCUGGAGGCCUUUUUCCGGGCUCAUAAUGGGAAUCCCAAAGAGGCUCAGCUAAGUCACCUUGCCAGCCAGUGCGGCCUCUCUGUGAGGCAAGCCCAACGCUGGUUUCGGCGCCGGAGAAACCAGGAUCGACCAUUACUGAGCAAGAAAUUCUGUGAAGCCUGCUGGAGAUUUUUGUUUUACUUUUCUUCUUUCUUUGGAGGUUUCCUCGUGCUCUACAAUGAGACAUGGUUGUGGGAACCCAAGACAUGCUGGGACAGAUAUCCCUUCCAGCCUCUGCAGCCUGGCAUGUACUGGUGGUAUCUCCUUGAACUUGGUUUCUACAUCUCUUUGCUGAUGACUAUACCCUUUGAUGUGAAGAGGAAGGACUUAAAGGAGCAGGUCAUCCACCACUUUGUCACUAUCAUCUUGAUUGGAUUCUCUUAUUCUGCCAAUCUCCUGCGCAUUGGUACAUUGGUGUUACUGCUACAUGACAUAUCUGACAUUCUCAUGGAGGCCUGUAAAAUGUUUAAUUAUGCACAACGGAGGCUUAUCUGUGACACACUCUUCGUCAUCUUUGCCCUGGUGUUCAUCGUUAGUCGGCUCAUUCUCUUCCCAACCAAAAUCCUCUACACUACCUACUAUGAUUCCAUGAUCAAAUUCCAGCCCUUCUUUGGAUAUUAUUUCUUCAAUGCCCUCCUCAUGGUCCUUCAGGUUCUCCAUGUCUUCUGGUCCGGCCUCAUCCUCCGUAUGGUCUACAAGUUUGUUUUAGCUGGCAGGAUGCAGAGUGACAUAAGGAGUGACUUGGAAGAACUGAACUCAAGUGAUGAGAAGUCUGAGACGCCCCAACAGAAGAAUGGGAGGCUGCAGCCCAGUGACAAAACAGACACUUGUAACCUCCCACGGGCUAGGGGUGUUCGGGGAACUGGACCCAGCCAGCUGGCCAAUGGGCAUGUCCCAGCCACAUAGCCUGGUCCAGCUCGGGGCCAUCAGAUGGUCUGGCUCAGGGAUGAAACCUGGAUGACUGGUCUGCAGACUGUCUGAGGACUCGUUUGUGAUGGAAAAUCGCCUAGAAUCUGAUGGAGCAUGGACUCCAUAGGCCUGGACCAGGACCAUUUACUUGUCUCUCCAUCUCAUCUCUGUCCCCACCUCUGCUGGACCUGAGGGAGGAGGAAGAAAUAUAAUAUCUCUGCAGAGGAUUUGAGGGUGGGCUUAAUGAUCUUUCUCCCAAACAGCCUUUACCCUGAGCCAGUGCCCCUGGACUGGCUGCCAUAGCCUUAAGAAGUCAGGGUGAGGGGGGUACUAGGGCAAGGCUCCGUUUCUGCUGUGCAGGGGCCCCUAAGGAGAGAGCUGAGGGACCCCUCAGAGGACCUUUCCCCAACCCCCAGGGCUGCCUCACAUCCCCAUGGAGGUUCAGAAGGAGCAGGCUUCUUCCCGAGCCAAUGAGAGGGACCUGGGCUUUUGGGCCCGAGUCUGAACUGGUCUGACCAGUCUCAGAUUUCUCCCCAUCCCAGCCUGAAGCCUCACCUCUGCAAUCCCUAGGGAACCAGGGAGUUCCAUUCAGAGUAGGGAUGGGCUUGUGCAUUCUGGGUUUGCCCAGACCCAGGGAGGGAACAAUAAAACUUGAAUGGAGUAGUUUUCACUGUCUCAAGAGCUCCUGGCCUCAUUCAUUCCCUACUCACUCCUCCAGACCCUUUAUAAUGGCAUUAGUCAUAGAAUGCUAAAAUGUCAGAACUGGAAAGGACUUCAGAGGGCUUCUAUUUGAAGCACUACUUAAGCAUCAGCAUCCCAAUCAGCAGAUGAUCAUCAAACUUUUCCUUGGAUUCAUGCCAAGAUGGGGAGCUCCCUAUCUGUAAGGACAACCUAGUCUUUUUGUAAAGUAGCUGUUAUUGCUAAUAAUUUAUCAAGUCUAAAUCUCCCCUACCCCUUUAAGUCCUCUUAUCCCUGCUGCUUAGCCCUCGUGGAUAGCAGUAGAGGUCGGGGUAAGGCAGUUUGGUGGACUUCAGUUCAGGAAAACCAGACAAAGAUGGCUGAUUACUUGCUUGCAGUCUACUUCCUAACACCAAACUCCCAGCCUUUUCUAUCCCCUUCUGUCUCACUGAAUGGGGCUACUGACUGUCCCCGCUCAUUUCCUCUCCUACCUGGUCCCUGCUGAACAGGAAGGAAGGGCUUUCCAGGUGGUCUCAGCUCAUUUUUGACAAAGAAGACACAGAAGGGCAAGAGUUUGGUUCCCAAUCCCCAUGUCUUUCAAGAACCAAUAGAGACUCUGAUGUGGGUGUUAGUGGUGCAUGUUUGUGGAAAGGAAUAAAGCCAGAUCUAGCAAUGCUAUGUUUCAGGUCAAGGAGACUGGCCUCAGUUUGUUGUGGGGAGCCAGACCCAGUGUAGGGUGGGAGAGGGUCUUGAAUGGAAGAAGCAUGGAAACCAAGAAAAAUGACAUUAAAAGAAUGAUCUCCCUAAUUGUACCUGUAAAGACCUGUCUCUUGCCUCUAAAAGAGACCUGAAUUUAAAUAAUGGCUCUGACAGUGAGGUACCAGCUGUGCCAACAAGAAUCCCUAAGCUAGUCUUCCCAGGGUGAGGGAGGCCUGCGGUGCCCUUUUUCCAGGGCCAUGUCCCUCAAAAAUGGUCAGACCUGAAUGGGACUGGAGACGAUUCUAACGUCCAGAUAUGGAAUUAAAAUGGUCCUUUCCCUAGCUCCAUGUUCCUCCCUCCACUUCCCUCUAUCUCUUUGGAUAUUCCCCCUUCCUCCUGUCCUUUCAUCCUUUCAUAGUAGGUAACACCACCAGGGUACUAAAGCUUCCAUUCUCUUCCUCCUCCAUAUAUUUGUAAAUCUUUUGGGAAUGGCUGCCUGAUAAAGGUUCUGGAAAUUCAAAAGCAUUUUAACCUUCCUUCCUUAAAAUGUUGGCUACCUCAGACUAAGCCCUCAACAAGCCUUGGGCAAAAUAAACUGGAAUGGAGGAAGGGAUGGGAGUUCUAGGUACUAAGUGGAGGGCCAAAGGAGAGGCAUCCAUGGAACAAUGUGUUCCCAUAAAGAUGCUCACAUGUGAGGUGCUGAGCUGUUUGCCCUGCUUUCUUCACCAUUAGCUCAAUUUACCCUACACUCAUCUCCACCCCAGUGAUUCCUCCCCCGAGUUCUAUCAACUCCAUCUCAUCAAUAGCACCCCACAAGAAGAUAAGGACUCUCAAUUUAAGGGGAUUCCAGUUGGCUCCAAGAUAAAUGCUGCCACCACCCCCACCUCGGAGUUAAUCUUGUCUAUUCAUAUUUAUAUAUGUAGUCUCUCCCGUUAGACUGUGAGCUCCUUGAGAGCAGACACUAUCUCGACUUUUUUAAUCCAGUUUUAACAGAGUUCCAUGCAUGUAAUAUUUGCCUAAAUUCUUGUUGGUUGAACAUCAGGGAGCAGCCCAGAAAGAUAUGAUGGUAGAUGUGUUUGUUCCCCUUCUAAAGCAGAAGCCCAAAUCUAGAGCCAAGAAAGGAUAUGUUACUGUUGCAAAAGCUUGCUGGUAGAUCUCACUGACUCCAAUCUCCCCACCCAGUCUAUCUACCCUGUUCAAUAAACUGCCGUGGCUCAUCAUUACUUCAAAUAUAAAAUCCUCUGUUUAGCUUUUAAAGCCUGUUGUAACGUGGACCCUUUCUACUCUUCCAUUCUUCUGACUUCUCCAACAGCAAUGGCCUUGCUAGGCCUUACACAGAAUGCUCUCCCUCCUCACCUUUGCUGAAAACUGAGCCCAAAUCCCAUUUCCCAGGUCUCCCAGCUGCUGACACUUCCUUUUAUGUCUGGCAUGAACAAAGCUGUAUGUUGUCUCCCCGGUUAGAAUGUGACCUCUUAAGAAGGCAGCGAUGGGUUUUUGGCUUUCUUUGUAUCCUCAGUGCUCAGCCCAGUGCCUCGUAUACAAUAAGCACUUAAUAAAUGCUUGGUGAUGGUAGUGGUGUGGGAGUUUCCUAGCUUGGCUUCCUUGAGAAACCAGGGAGGAUCUCACACCGGAUACUAAUACCUCCAAGAUAGAAUCAAUCUGUUGUUGCCAGUAAGGUGAAUAAUAAAAUAUACUGUGAGGGUUUCAUUAA